AUGUUAGUUUUGUUUAUUAUUCUAUGUAUAAAUAAUCGAUAUCUUCAAAAAUUGCGUUUAUUGUAUCAAAAAGAACAAGGACGUGAAUGUUUGUCUAUUGAUAAAUUAUCACCAUAUAGAUUUACACAUUUUCCAAAGAAUUAUAGUCAUUUUGAUGGAAACAAUGAUGAGUGGAAUGACAGUAUAUUAAGCAGACCAUCUGAUAUUUUGUGUAGAAAUUCAAUACAAAGUGACAAUUUUAAUGCAGAGACUAUAAAUUUAUCAAACAGAAGUUUUACUAAUACUUCAUAUGAGGAAGAAUCAAAAGAUUAUUAUGAUUUUAAUGCAGAUGUCAACUAUAGUAAUAUUAAUAUAUCAAAACCAUAUACUAUUCCUAUAUCAGUAAUGGAAAAGAAUUUAAAUUUUGAUGUAACAUUAUUGGAGCGUGAUUUUAAUGAAGAUAUUAAAACAAAAUUAUGUUCUACAAGGAAACGACAUCAUGGUGAUGAUAUUUAUGAGUCACAAAAUGAUUCUAUUUAA